AUGAGACAUAUACCUUUGAAUGAAUAUUACAAAGACAUUUCCGAUAAGGACCAAGACUUUUCGAUUGAAUUUGACGAAUCUAAACAAGAUGACAUGAUUAAUACACCAGGCUGCCGAAUUCCAGUGGCAUUAGUUAAUUAUAAGGUAGGCAAAGAGUGGAAAAAGGCAUCAUGUGGAGAAAGAGCAAUAUUUUUAACAAGAAUAAACGAGACAAAACUUAGAGUAUCUGUAAGAGAAAAAAAUAUGAAAAAAUAUUUGAAACAAUCUUUGAAUUACAAUUGUUGCUAUAAAUUUUUUCAAAGAUCCCUGAGACCCGGAUUACAAUAUAGGAAACUCAGAUUUACAGAUUGCAAGGAAUUACAAAAUGGCAAGAUCAUUUUUAUAAAAAGCGAUUUUAUUAAUAUUCAAUGUUUUCAAAAGGUCCACAAUAAAUCUAAACUAAUAUAUGAAGACAAUUUUGCAUUUUGUAGAAAAAAUAAUGCCACUUCUAAACACAGUGAUAAGACACUUAAAAAGAAAAAAUAUAACAUUCUCAUUGUAGGAAUGGAUUCUAUGUCGUUAUCGCGUUUUGUUCAAACUAUGACAAGAACUGUAACAUUUUUAAAAAACAAUUUUUGGCCUGGCUUCAGGGGAUAUCAUAAGACAGGUGAAAAUACGUUUCCAAAUUUAAUGGCUGCAUUGAUGGGUCAAAAUCUAACGACUAUUGAACACAAAUGUUCGGGGAAGAUGGAUCAGUGCAAUGAUAUUCUGAUAUGGAGCAUGUUUAAAAAAUCAGGCUAUGCGACAGCUUAUGGAGAAGAUUUUUUACAAUUGCCUGAUAUGUUCAGCAAAGGCUAUACCUUUCGCCGAGCACCUACUGACCACUAUAUGAGGACGUUGUUCCUUAAAGGAGAAAGAGAAAUAAACCAUCGUUCCUUAUUAUGCAACGGACAAGUUUCAUCCGGACAGCAAUUACUAAAUUAUGCAUUAGACUUCGUUUUGACUUACAGAAACGACACCUUCUUUGGUUUCUUUUGGAUGAAUUCUUUCAGCCAUAAUAUAAAUAACCGACCUCAAGAUGCAGAUAAACUUUUUGAAGAUUUUUUUAAUCGUCUCUCUUAUACAGGAGCGCUAGAAAAUACAUUUGUAAUAUUUUUGAGUGAUCACGGUGUCCGUUUCGGUGAAUAUCGUCUUAAAGUAGAAUCGUAUUACGAUGAUAGAAUGCCAUUUCUUUUUAUAUGGGUACCACCCCUUUUCAAGAUACGCUAUCCAGAAAAAUUUAAUUCCCUCCUUAUUAAUCAAUACAGACUUAUAACUCCGUUCGAUUUAUUUAACACUAUGCUUGAGAUACAUGAAAUAUCAAAUAAUAGCACACGAAAAAUAGAAUCUUCUGCGAAACAUCAAAGUUUAUUCGGCAUCGUGAGCGCGAAUCGGACUUGCCAGGACGUUGGUAUUCAUGAUAAGUGGUGUAGUUGUCACAAAUUGUAUCCCAUUGACGUAGACGACACGGAAGUAGUUAAGAGCGUGCACUUUGUGGUAUCCUACAUAAAAAAUAUAAUAAAAAAUAUAAAAACCAAGCGAUGCUGGAGCUGUACCAAUCUAGCGCUCAACAAUGUAAGCAGAAUUCAUUUCUAUUACGAUAAUGAAAAAGUAAAUUUAUAUUAUGUAGUUGCUUUUUCUAUGAGACCAAAAAAUAUAUUUUAUGAAGCUACUGUGCUACGAAAAAAUAAGAAAAUGGAGCUCGUGGGCCCCGUUAAUAUCAUUUCACCUUACAAAGGUUUCGGCUACUGCACUAUCAAUCAUGAAGAUAAAAUCUUUUGUGUGUGCCAAAAAAUAGCUAAUUGUCGCUUAAAAACAACUCUU